AUGUAUUCUUCAUUAAAAGCACUUCUUUCUGAUGCUACUUCUAAAUCCAAAGAACAAUCCCAAUCUAAAAAAGAAACUCUUAAAGAUGAAGAAGAUUCAUCAAAAAUUGCUGAUAAUAAUAUCUUGAAAUUAAUUAGUAAAUUUCGAGGUGUUGAAAUAAUUUAUGAAAAGGUUUCAAUUGCUGAGCAAAGUAAUCAAACAACUAUUCAAAUCGAUGUUGAAGAAUUGAAAGAAAUUGGUGAAGAAAUCGAGUUUUUAACCAAAGGUGUAACAGAAUUAGCGAUUGUUCUUGAAGAAAUCAAUAAAACUACAAAAGAGGUAAAAUCAUGGGUUCAACAUAAAACCGAAGAAAUAUCCGAAGAAAAAUUAACGUUAUACUGA